UUCACAACUUCUAAAAAUUUUGAGAAAGUCUGCUGCAAUUUUAUGACGAUUUCUUAUUCAGUGAUCAUUAUUUUAGCGAUUUGAGUCUGUUCAGUGGCAAGAGCAGUUUAAUUGGUACAGUUGUAAACCUCCUUGUUGGUAGAAGUAUUGCGGUAUUCUUUCUUGAACCUGGCGUUUUCAUCACUUUUUUUCUGGGAUCUCAUGAUCUGGAUCAGUGGAUGCAGUUCAGUAAUUGAUUUGCUGUGAGAAGGAUGGCUGAAGGAGGCAGUGAUUUCAUUGAUCCGCUAAGUGUAGUUGAGCCCAUUGGGGAUUCGCCAGCUUCCAGUGGCAUCAUCUUUAGUCCCAGACUGCAGAAGAAAACGAAGGCUGACAUGGAUCAAAUAACAGCUCAACUUGAAGCUGUGAAGCUGGAGAGUCCAGUUGAGAAGAAAGAUGGAGAUAAAAGUUUUACUUCUGACUUGGCACCUGCAAAUUUUAAAUUUGGUUUUAAAUUAGAGAAGGACAGUUUGGGGGAUCUAGGAAUUUCAGAAAAAGCUCCUGAGUCUGACAGUGUUUUCAGUAAAAGACCGGAAGUUUUAGAUUCAGGGUCUGAUGACAUUGAUGAAGAUAGUGGUUUUGUUAAAGUUGAGGGAGAAAAGAAAAAGAAACGCAGACGUGGAACAAGAGGAGGUAGACAGAGAUCUAAAAAAUCCGAGGAAGAAAUGCGUGUUGUUGUUGAUGUUUUAGAGGCAGAGACUAGUUUUACGAUCCUACCCAAAUCUGAGGUCAAGGAAUUGGCGUGUGAGAUGAACGGGGAGAUGCCUGGUCAAGUUGAAGAUAGAUUCAAAAGCAGUGGGAAGUCUAACAGGGUACCUAAACGGGUUGGAUCUAUGGAGAAGCUGAAGAAAAGUAUAAUUGCAGAUGUAGUCGGACAUGCUGAUGAUGUUGAGCAAGAUAAUACAAAGAAAGUGAAGUCGAGAUCUGCAAAAUUGCCUGAUAUUGUCGAUAGUUCAUGUCCUGUGUCGGUUUCUGGAACAAGCAGAUCUGAUGUGGCAAGUUCAAGGGCUACAGAACCGAUUGACGCAGGGUGUAGUAAAAAAUCUAGCAGUCGGAAAAGACGAGAGAGAAGGAAGAAAGAAAAAGUGGGUAAAAAUGUUGCAUUGGCUUCACUUCUGAGUAGGAAGCCAAGCGAUUUUGACGAUGACAGUGAUGAAUUGCCGGAAUUGGUGAAACAGUUCUUGGAGAAAAAUGGUAGGACAGUUGAGAGUUCAAAAAUGUCGAAUGAAUUUGCUGACUUGCCAAGGAAUGAAGCGAGAAAAAAGAAGGGGAAAGAGAAAACAAGGGAUCAGAAAGACAAGGAGGGGAGGGGAAAGUUCACUGAUAAGGUUUCGAAUCAGACACCAGUCAAGGAAGGCUGUUACUCUAAGUUACUGAAAGAGCACAACAUAAGAGAGCGACACGACUCUCUGCCUGCAAAGUUUGACAGAAGACAUGGAUCAAGCCCUGUUAGUUUUUCACCUGGUAGAAAGAAUAGGGACAGAUAUUAUAGUCAGUCUUAUGAUGGGCAGUUUGACAUGUUUGAUGAAGCGAGCCAGUCUCCCCGUCAGAGUCUCUUCCCUGGUGAUGUUGACCCCAAUAACACCAGAAACGCUAAGGAGGGUAGGAGAAAUAAAAAGCACCACCAAAACAGAGAUGGGACUCCAGAGAGUCAAAGACCAAAGCUCGGCCAAGGCCAGGGAAGACGUAAUACUGAGGAUGGAGCAUAUGGAAACAACUCGCCACGGAAUGGAAUGAGUCCUGCCAGGCCUAGGAGUCAUUCUGAAGCCAACCAAAGCCCACAGUGUGGACUGAAGGGUACACCUAAAGGCAUGACGAUCUCAAAGAACCAGACGCCAAGACAAAGAGACGGCAGGGGUACCCCGAAUGACCAAGAUGCAAGCACACCAAACAAACAGGGUCGAGGUACACCAAGGAGUGCUUCAAAGAAGAAGAAACAAAUCCAGUUUGAGCCAUAUCUGGAUAAGGAAAGUAUGAGCUCGUUGCUGAAGCAGGGAAAUCUCAUUGAGGGGUCGAUCAGAAUCAACCCAAAGAAUUAUGAAGACGCGUAUGUUCCCCACCCAGAUGGUAGUUCAGAUGUUUACAUCAAGGGCCUUGCUGAUAGGAACAGAGCACUGAAUGGGGAUGUUGUUGUCGUCCAACUCCUAGCUGAUGAUAAGACACCGCUGGUAGACAUAAAUGCCAAGCAACAUAAAGAUUUACCACAAGGUGUCCAGAAUGUUCUGGAGAAAUUAGUCGAGAAGAACUCGAUGAGAUGUGGCAAGGUUGUUGGUAUCGUAGAGAAGCUGCACAGCCGCGCCUGUACUGGACAUAUCAAACCCAUGAAAGACAAGAACCAGAACUACAUGCUGUUCUCCCCAAUCGACCACCGCAUGCCAAGGAUCAAAGUUCCAGCAGAGGACUGUCCCAAAGGUUUUCUGGAGAGGCCAGGAGACUUUGCCAACACGUUAUUUGUGGCCAGGAUAAAGGAGUGGGAGGAAGGGUCGCAGUAUGCUAAAGGGAAUGUUCAGCGCAGUCUUGGAGAGGCUGGAGAGAUAGAACCAGAGACGGAAGGCAUGUUGAACGACUAUGGUGUUGACUACAGUGACUUCUCCCAGGCAGUCCUCGAAUCCCUCCCAAAGAAUCUCCCGUGGACAAUCCCGGAAUCUGAACUCCAAACCAGAAAAGAUCUCAGAAAAGAAAUUGUGUUUACUGUUGAUCCUGCGUCUGCUCGUGACCUCGAUGACGCUUUAUCUUGCGUUGACAAUGGAGACGGCACUUAUGAGAUUGGUGUUCAUAUUGCCGAUGUCAGCUAUUUUGUAAAGGAGCAGACAGAGUUGGACUGUGUUGCAGCCAGUCGGGCGACCAGUGUGUAUUUAGUACAGAAGGUAGUACCAAUGUUGCCGCGGCUUCUGUGUGAACAGUUGUGUAGUUUGAAUCCAGAUGAAGAUCGACUGACCUUUUCCGUCAUUUGGAAAAUGACUGAAACGGGCGAGAUUCUUGACAUAUGGUUUGGCAGGAGUGUCAUUCGGUCGUGUGUCAAAUUGAGUUAUGAUCAUGCGCAGGGUUUCCUAGAUGAGCCUGACAGGGAAUGGACCAGGGAAGAACUGCCACCAAUAUCUGAUGGAGUCUCCAUUGAUCAGAUCAAGAGCAGAAUUUUAAUUUUUGACAAGAUUGCAAAGAACUUACGUGCCAAAAGAGCCGACAAUGGUGCUCUCCGCUUGGAUCAGGUCAAGUUGAUGUUUGUCUUGGACAAGGAGACCGGCUUGCCAUGUGGUUGGAAGGUGUACCAAGGGAAAGACAGCAAUAAGUUGAUUGAAGAGUUCAUGUUGCUGGCCAAUAUGUCUGUGGCUAACAAGAUCCGUCGUGCGUUCCCCGAGAAGGCCAUGCUGCGAUGCCAUCCUCCGCCAAAGACAAAGAUGAUACAAGAUCUGAUGGAGAUGUGUGAGACGAUGGAUAUCCCCCUUGAUGCCACCAGCUCAGGUGCUCUCCAUGAAUCUCUCUCUGCCUUGUACGGAGAUGACGAAGACUCACAAAGCCGUUUACAGAUACUGACGGUGCUAUGUUCAAAGCCAAUGCAGCUUGCCAAAUAUUUCUGCACCGGGACGGUCAGUGGGGUUGAGGAUUGUUGGCAUUACGCUCUCAGCGUCCCAGAGUAUACACAUUUUACGUCACCAAUCAGGCGAUAUCCCGAUGUCAUCGUGCAUCGGCAAUUGGCUGCUGCUCUAGGCUUGACCCCUGAGCCAAAUGCCUCAAAGAAUAUCAUCCAAAGACAAGCUGACCAUUGUAAUCUGAAGAAGUCCAAUGCCAAGAGGGUCUCGGAGAUGAGCAGUGAUAUGUUCUUUGCUGUCUUCGUCAAGGAGAGUGGUCCAAUAGAAGAAAGCGGUAUGGUGAUGUCAGUGCUGGACAGAUCAUUUGAUGUGCUCAUCCUGAAGUUUGGAGUGAUUAAGAGAGUUUAUACAAAUAAACACAACUUAUUGGAGGCAAAAUGCGAGAAGAGGAAUAAGGUACCAAGACUAACAUUGGUAUGGAAAGAAGGGAAACAGACCAUCACUCUGUUUACCAAGGUUCAGUGCAUCAUAGAAUCUGACCCACAGCCCUUGAAAUGGAACGUUCUAAUCAAGCCGCCUUAUUGCGAUGAUCCUUCCACACCUCAGGUCGAUGGUGAUAAUUCAAUUGGGGAAGACGCCCCAUCUGAAACAAAGGAUGUGUCGCUACUGCCUACCAUUGUUGAUGGAGAAAUCUCUAUUGAUAAAGAUGCUACACCCAAAUCAAAUGACGCAUCACUGCCGCCAGCAGCUGUCGCUAUUGGUGACGUUAUUGUAAGGGAAAAGAGCGAUUCUGAGAGCGAUGGAGACUCCGAUGAUACGAGUGGUGAUGAUGUGGUUGUGGAGGAAACCAUUGAGACUGUUCUAAAUGAAACUAAUUGAAUAGUUUAAAAAGAACUGUGUUAUCACAAAUUCAAGAUGGAAGUAACUCUACUGUAAACUAGGCCAGGAGCCAUCAUACCCUUUUAAGUGGCAGUGCUGACAUUUGAAACGGAAUGUCGAGGAAUUGCUGAGUGUAUAUUUUGAUGCAUUGUUUUAAACUAUGAAAUACCUUUCUUUCUCACUGAAUUGAAUAUAACUGAGUAAAUAUAUCUGGGGUAUUGACCCCUGGAGGGUUAAAGGCUUUAUGUUGGAUGCUCAUGGGGUCCAAAUGGAAAAUAUUUUAGAGCAUCUCUGCCUUGCUUUACUGCCAUUUUAUUUCAUUCUUAGCAUCGAAAAUAUCACACACGCAUGUGCUGUCUUACACAAGUAAAUGAGGUGCAUACAGUGUGUCCCAAAAUAUGUUGCUUGUAGAUUGUAUGAAGAUUUUUACAAAUAUUGGGCAACAUGUUCUUGGAUAUAGUGCAUACAUGCUGUGAUAUUUCAACCAUGAAGUAUAUUUUAGGUGAACUAUUGUUGAAUUUGUUUUGAAAUGUUGAAAUAAAUUAUUGAU